AUUUCCUGCCUCAGUUGCUCCUCUCGGGCCCCACCCCAGGCACUCCCAGCGUGAUCCGCGGGGUGAGAGGUGAAGCUGUGCCUGCAGCGGCUGACUCAGGGUCCGGCACUGCCGUAAAUCCCUGAGGAAUGGCGGGUGCAAACUCGGGCACUCCUGGCAGGGCUGAUUCAGAAAUCCUGCAGCUCCCGGGCCGCUGGGCUGGAGGCACCCCGGGGCACGGGCAGGGAUUCCCCCCUCUCACCCGUUCAGGUGCUUUUAAAGAACCAACUGCUGUUCAGAGUGACAGCAGAGAAGAUCUGCCUUACAUCUGCACCUUGUCUACAAACUGGGAAGCCAAGUUUUGGUUCCCGUGCCAGGUUUUGGUGCUAUCCAAAACCACUCUCAGAGUGGGAUCUCUGCUCCGUUCCUGGGUGUGCCCUGUCACAGCAUGGCUGGGGGCUUCAAUGCCCGGUGUUGCAGAAAGACUCUUUUUGAGCUUCAUGUUUCACUCUGUCCCCCCACUUCCCUCCCUGCAGAGGGGUAGGAACAGGAGCUGCUCAGUUUCCCAACAUCAGCUUUCAAUAAAGUUUUUAAUUCCUGCUUCUCAGCUUAUUGCUGUGGCUGUCAGAGCAGACAGCUGGGCCAGAAUCCAUUUUCAAUGUUACUAGUUUAAACCAGCAGCAGUGGAGUUUUUGAGUUGAACCUGAGUGUCUCAUGCUUGGAAAGGAAAGGAAAGGAGGCCAUUUUGGCUCUCAUUUUAAAGUUGGGAUCUUGGAGACUUCUUAACUUUGGGGCACUUGUCUGACGACAGAGGAAGGAAUGUUCUUUUCAAGCUUUUUCAGAAUGUAUUUUAUUUGAAAGCCCCUUGUUUGCAGUAACCUCUGGACAGUUGUGUUGGUGUCUCCCGUGAGGGUGUAGGUGGAAGGGCUGGAUUUUGUCAGUGCUGCUCCAUAAUGAGGACAGUGUGUAGGAAAUGGAGGCAGCCUCGAAUUCCCUUCCCCAGGGGUUUGUAGCUGCAUUUCUGGCUGUUUUUUCAGUCACUACACACAUUUUCUGUGUGCCUGUUUAUUCUAAUUCGGAAAGGGCAGCAGGCCUGCAGGUGUGAUGGAUUGUUUGGGGAUUUUUUGUUUAUUUUUUUGGAGGAAGAGGAAACUUGCUAUGUAUUAAAUCUCCCCUCCAGCCAGGAGCUUGUUGCCAGCGUGCCUCUUUUGUGACCCCUGGGUUUGAACUCCCCACGGCGCCGCUGUCUCAAAGCAGAUUUUCCCUUCCUCUUCUUACCAAGAAAAGAUUUAACAGCAAAACCUUCUUGGAGAUUCUUGUUUGCCAUUCCCCAGAGGAAUUGCUAUAUCUGGGGCAGCAGGAAGCCAGGCCUUGUGCAGUGUGCUUUAAAGACACUUCCUUUGGGGACUGGCUCCUGUGAAAUCCACGGCUCCAGUAAUGUUUCCAGAGCUGUAAGGUGAAAGAACAGCCCAGAAAGUGACCCACAUACAAAACAUUAAUGAUUUCUGCUGCUGGGAGUCUGACAAGUCCAGCUCUGAGUGUGCAGAAGAUCAGGAGUAAAAAAGGAUUUUCACUAACAGCGUGAAUGACAGAGGAGGUGCCCCCGACUGCACUGACGGAUGUGAACCUGCGCCUGCUCUGCCACGAUGACAUAGACACGGUGAAACAGCUCUGUGGAGACUGGUUCCCAAUAGAGUACCCUGACUCAUGGUACCGAGAUAUCACUUCCAACAAGAAGUUCUUUUCCCUCGCAGCCACGUACAGAGGCUCCAUCGUGGGGAUGAUAGUGGCAGAGAUCAAGAGCAGGACCAAGGUGCACAAAGAGGAUGGAGAUAUCCUAGCUUCCAAUUUUCCUGUGGACACUCAAGUUGCUUACAUCCUAAGUCUUGGAGUGGUGAAGGAGUUCAGAAAACAUGGAAUAGGUUCCCUCCUGCUUGAGAGUCUGAAAGAUCACAUCUCCACCACUGCCCAGGACCACUGCAAAGCCAUCUACCUGCACGUGCUCACCACCAACAACACAGCAAUAAACUUCUAUGAAAACAGAGACUUUAAACAGCACCACUAUCUGCCCUAUUACUAUUCCAUCCGAGGGGUCCUCAAAGAUGGCUUCACCUACGUCCUCUACAUCAACGGCGGGCACCCGCCCUGGACAAUCUUUGACUACCUUCAGCACAUUGGCUCCACGCUCGCCAGCCUGAGCCCGUGCUCCAUUCCCCAGAGGAUUUACAGGCAAGCCCAGAGCCUCCUCUGCAGCCUCCUGCCCUGGUCUGGCAUUUCUGCCAAGAGCAGCAUCGAGUACAGCCGGACAAUGUGACCGACUGGGGUGCGCAGGAGCGCAGGAUUGUUUCUCCUUCCACCUGACACCCGGCUCUGCACUGGUUCCAGUGAUGACAGCUCUUGGCCGGUGACCCAGCCCCCGGAUGGGAUUGCUGUUCCCCAGGGACUGCCCUUUGGUAGAACUUCACCCUGGGCUGCAGCCGCGGCUCCCCGCGUGGGCGGGGCGGGCCUGGCUGUGCGGCCCUCGGUGUCACCGCUGCGUGCAUGCUGCACCGUCCCCGCCACUUCCCUCGCCUCGGUUUGCUCCUCCCCAUACCCGGCAUGUCGGGGGGUUCAGCUGCUGCUCCCGCUCCAUCCGCAGCUGCCGAGAGCAGCUGAGGGAGGUUCGUGGAUGUGCACUGAGGAACCUCUUCAAUGGACUGGGAGAGCCCUGGCUGCCGGGGCAGAGGCUGCCCUUGCUGCUGGGGAAGGGGGCAGCUGGGGCAGGGGAAAGGCAGGAAUGGGAAUCAUGUUUAGGUCCUGCCACAUCAGCUGCUGGUGCGUCCUGUGGGUAACUUCCAGGGAGAGCAACUGCCUCGCAUGAGAAACUACCCAGCCCCACCAGCCCUCUGGAGUGAUGUAAAAAGCAUAUAAUUCAGGAUGCGUAAAGUAGAAGGCAGGGAAUGAAAUUGCUAUUUCAUAGUGAAAUAUAUAUGUAUUAUACUGUA